AUGUUUAAUUUUCAGCUUCGGAUCAUUUUGAUUAUUGAAUUAAACACAACAAAACGACAGACAUCUUUAAUAUUGCUUAAAGAUAGGAAAGGAAGACAGUUGAAUUCUCUAUUUAACAGUCCAUCAUCAGCACAUCUUUUGGCAUGUUUUCGAUUACGUUUCACUACAUGGAAUUUUAAAUAA